AUGAAGAUCUCAUCUGCUUUGAUCAACCUGGUCCUUGCGGCCAGCGUCGUAGAUGGUGCUCCUCAUAAACUCCAGACACGCAGCCCUGGUGGUGAAGUUGUUGUUUACUGGGGCCAGAAUGCCGCUGCAGCAAGCGAAAACAACGAUCUUUCGACCUACUGCACUGCUGACUCUGGUAUCAAUAUUGUUGUUCUUGCCUUCCUUUACGAGUACGGAAACAACAUUGUAAUCCCUUCUGGCGUGAUUGGGAAAGACUGCUCUAUUAGUACCUCCGGUGAAGGUAUCAACUGUGAUGCUCUCGCUAGCCAGAUUGCUACUUGCCAGUCGAAUAAUGUCAAGGUUAUUCUUUCACUUGGCGGUGCUGUUGGAGCCUACUCUCUCACUUCUCAAAGUGAAGCGGAGAAAAUUGGCCAAAAUCUCUGGGAUGCAUAUGGCAAGAGUGCUGGAGGCAGUAUACCACGGCCAUUUGGAUCUAUUUCCGUUGAUGGUUGGGACUUCGACCUUGAAUCCAAUAGUGGCAAUCAGUACUAUCAAUAUAUGAUCUCUAAGCUCCGCUCUAAUUUUAAAUCUGACUCAGGCAAUACUUAUUAUAUUACUGGUGCACCCCAAUGCCCUAUCCCUGAGCCUAAUAUGGGAGAAAUCAUUCAGGCAGCUCAAUUCGAUUACCUCUGGGUACAGUUCUAUAAUAAUGAGUACUGUUCGUACCCCAAUACUCUUAACUACGCUGAAUGGGUUUCAUAUAUCUCUCGCACUCCUUCAAAUAAUGCUAAGAUCUUCAUUGGUGUUCCUGCCUCCGAGCUCGGUUCUACUGGUACUGAGAGCGGUGCUACCUACUAUCAGUCCCCGAGUAUCCUCGCAAAUACCGUUGCUUCAUUUGACACUAGCUCAAACUGGGGUGGUAUCAUGAUGUGGGACGCUGCUUUCUCUAACGCAAAUGUGGUUGAUGGCUGCAACUACGCUCAGCAGGCGCAGAGCAUCUUGAAGACUGGUUCUCCUUGUGGUGGAAAUGACAACAAUUCUCCUAUGUUUCUCGCUUCUACCGUAACUAGUACGACUACUACAGCGACCCCGUCUACUUCUAGUACCACUGCUACUACCGCCAGUGUGCUGGUAGCUCAGUGGGGUCAGUGCGGAGGUGACGGCUACACGGGAUCAACCGUUUGUGCUUCCCCAUACAGGUGUAUUAGAGAAAGCAAAUACUGGUCGUCGUGCCAGUAG